AUGCUGAAGCUGAUUGUUCGCACGUUCAAGAACGUCACCAACGGGUACUCGCUGGUGCAGCGGGCGGUGCGCCAGGCGACGCUGAACGACCCGCUGGGGCCCACCACCAACGAAAUGGAGGAGAUCGCCCGCUACACCUACUCGUCGCAAACGGAUUUUUUGGAGAUCAUGGACAUGUUGGACCGCCGCCUCAACGACAAGGGCAAGUACUGGCGCCACACUGCCAAGCUGUUGACGGUGCUCGACUACUUGGUGCGCUUUGGCUCGGAAAAGUGUGUGUUGUGGGCGAAGGACAACAUCUAUAUCAUCAAGACGUUGCGGGAGUUUAUCCACUUUGACGACAACAACGUCGACCAGGGGGCGCUCAUCCGGGUCAAGGCCAAGGAGCUCGUAUCGCUUUUGCAGGACGAUGAGCGGUUGCGCAUGGAGCGGGCCAACAACUCCCACGCCGACGAGUACGGCGGGCGCCGACGGAGACGCGACACGACGCUGCUGCGCCCCCGCGGCGGCGACGACCCUUACGACGCCGACUUGCAGAGAGCGUUGGAGUUGCUGAGACAGACGGCGGAGGAGGAGAACGCCAGCCGCCACGCCGACUCCGACGACCCCGAGUUGAGAGCGGCGUUGAAGCUCUCGCUCGAGGAAGAGGAAAUGCGCAAGCAGAACCAGAACUUGUUGGACUUGGACGGCCACGACAACAGCGCCACCUACUUCAUGGCGGUGCCCGUCGACCAGCAACAGCAGCAGCUCCAGCAGCAACAGGCGGCGUGGUUACAACAACAACAGCUCCAACAGCAACAGCUCCAACAGCAACAACUCCAACAGCAGCAGUUGCAGCAGCAGCAAUGGUUGCAACAACAACAGCAGCAGCAACAGCUUGCCCAGGGCCAGUACUUCGACAUGUUCGGCAACCCCAUCCAGAACCAGAUGACCACGGGUGCUCCUCAGCAGCAGCCGACGUUCACGGGCUUCCACCAGCCUCAGGAACCGUUGCAGCCGCUCAAGACGGGGCUGAACAACCCGUUUGCUUUGAACCAGGGUCCGCUGUCGCCUCAACAAAACCCCGACCUGUUGAACGCCUUGGCCCAACAGCAACAGCAGCAACAACAACAGCAGCCGUUGCUGUCAGCGUUUAGCGCCGCUGCCUACGGCCAAACGCCCCAGUUCGCGUCUCAACCACAACAGACACAACAACAGCUCCAGCCCCAACGCACGCUGGGGUCGAAGUUCGGCGACGACACCCACGGCGAGCUCAACAACUUGUUGGCCCAGGGGACGGGGAUCGACACCUUCGGCAACACGGGGGACAUGCGUAUCCCCCACCAGCACACGAAGACGGGGACGUUUAUCAACUCCCAGGGUACCGGGUACCGCCAGGAGACGUCGCUGCAGGUGCGUUUAUCCUCCAAUGCUACGGGGAACCCGUUUUUGAACACGGGCAUCGGCUACCAAGGCCAACAGCAGCAGCAGCCCCAGCAGCAGCCGCUCGCCACUGGCUAUGGCUUUGGCAACCAGGGGCAGCAGCAGCAGUACCGGCAAAACGGCGAAGGGCCCAGCUUGAUAGAUAUUUGA